AUGCGCCGCACAGGUGCCAAAGGAGAGGUCAGCAGCGCUUACACACACACAGCACCGACGCUGGCGGGAUUUUCACGUUUCUGACUGUAGGGUUACCCUUGUCGAGUGUCUGCAGGCCCACAGAGACCUGAUAGACAAGAUCCAAGACUAGUCUGGCAUCCGGGCUUACUACUGACCAAUAUUCCGUCGAGGAGAAAAUUUCACCUCCCCACUUGAACGUAUGAGCCGCCCGCACACACCGGUUCACACACACACACACACUCUCUCUCUCUAUGUGUGAGUGUGUGUGUGCAGCUGUAGUGUGUGCCCGUCCGCCGCCCCCGUGUCUGUCUCUCUGAGUGUGAACAGACAGGACGUGGCGAGGGGUGCCUUUGGAGGCUUUGACGGCAUCGAUUGGGAUGUCGAGGGCAACAACGAUCUGUCAUCGCCCUUCAACGAGCUGACGGCGGCGUGCAUCAAGCUGAUGGGUGAAAUGUCGCAGUUGGCCAAACGAGAUGGCUACAUAGUGUUUAUGGCGCCGCCCGAGAGCUAUCUUGACCCGGCCACCAGCGCCUUCAGCCGGUCUCUGCUCUUCGGCCAUCCCGAGUGGGAUGCACUGCUCGAGGAGCCAUUCACUUACCACGGCCGCAACACGUACGGGCCUCUGCUGAGCGAUAAGUACGGCACGACCGAGCUGGCCAAUGGCGAGAUGGUGCCCACCAUCGACAUCGUCACGGUGCAGCUCUACGAGAGCUACACACACAUUCUCUACAACGUGACUAAGAAGGAGCAGCCGUUGGCAGACUACAUGGUGAACUGGGCCGCGAGCAUCACUGAUGGCUGGCAAGUGGACUUUGCGAGCGACCCGGCGAGCGACCCGGCGGUCGGCCUCUCAUCCCAGACGAUACGCGUGUCGCCCUCUCAGCUGGUGGUGGGGCUCAUAUGCGACGAGGUCAUCGACAGCGACCGCAUGCUUUACCUCUCUCCUAACCAGGUGGAGGAGGCCGACAAGGCGCUCACCAAGGCGGACAUCUCUGUGCGGGGCUAUGGCUACUGGAACAUGCAGUGUGACGGCAUAAACACAGGCGUGCGGCUGUCGGCCGGCCUCAAUGCCUUCCUCCAUACGAGAAAGGGCGUCAAGGGACAGAGUGGGUCGAAUUGGAGGCGGACAGGGAAAGGCUUGCUGGAUUUGUGA